UGCAGACAGCCUGCACGGUGUCUGUGCGCGAAGUCAAAGGGGACGUACUGAGUCCACUAACCUGAACUGUUUUGUCCUCAUUUCCAAAACAGUGUGUGACAUGGAGGUCAGCGCAGAGGCCAAGAGGAUCAUGGUGGUGGCUUUGGGGAAACUGUACAGCUCGCGCACCCAGCGAGGAGGUCUCCGUCUCCACCGGAGCCUCCUCCUCACUCUGGUCAUGAAAUCCGCCCGGGACAUGUACCACGCGGCCCAGGCGACGGCGGAAAGUGUUGCAUCAGGAUGUGAACUAAACUCCACAGCUGAGGCGGGUCAGAUCGAGCUCCAGAGUCCCGCUCCGCUUGAAAAUCCCCGGACUUCACCCGUUGUGGAAGUCGCAGCCUCCUCCUCCUCCUCCUCCUCCUCCUCAGAGCUCCGCCGCGACGAAGCACAAAACAAGGAGAAUCUUUCCGCUGGCGCGGCGCAGCACUCCAGAAAGCGACGCGGCAAAGCGGCAGCGGAGCCGGACUUUCUACCGUGCAAGAAAGCCAAACUCGAGCAGCUCAUCGUGAGCUCGGUGUUGUUGGACUAUGUGACCUGCAGCAGUGAGCUGGGUGCUCCUCCAGCUCCUCUGCCGCUGCACAGAGCCAUCGCAGCGUGCUGAAAAACUGCGCGGAUUAAAUGCGAUAAACUUUUCUGCAGGGCCUGGGGGCCUGAACGCACCUCCACGGGGACUUUUACCGGGUUGUUCGGAUGAAUCACCGGGAUAAAGUGCUCUGAACAUGUCCGGACAUGUUACCGGAGUUACGGAAGUUGGUGUGUAGCAGUCCUGGUGACUUUUGGCCUAAUUAUUGGCUCAUGUGAGGACUGGCUUCAGCUGGCCGGAGGCGGAACUAAAGGAGCUGGUUCAUCCGGAUGAGGCCUUCAUGGACAUUUAAAGCUCAGCAAAUAACAUUUUACCAGAGUGGGGACCAGAGCUGACUGAUGUGUGGAUGAUUUUGUAAAACAUUCAAUGACUGCAGCUACCUCAUUAUUUAUUAAACUUAUUUUGUACUGAAAAUGA